AUGGACGGAGGGGACAAACCUCUGCCUGAGAAACGCCUGCCCUCAUGGCACCUGGGUGACACGUCCCCCAGCAGGCAGCCGGCAGGACCAGGUAGGACCUUGCUCAGCCAUUUUUGGGUGCCCACCACCUCCGUGAGUGCCCUCACGGCACCCAGGUGUCGCACCCCUCACCAGGGAGGCGGCAGGCCCAGGUUUGGGGCACUUCUUACCCUGCUUUGGGGUGCCCAUCGCCUCCACGAGGGCCCUCUCCACAUCCGAGUGACGAACCCCUCAGCAGGGAGCUGGCAGGGCCACCCGCUCACGCAGCCCUCCGCUGCACUCUCUGCAGGCAGGGUAUGUCUGAGCCAUGCCGAGCCCCAGGUGGCUGCGGGGCGCCCCGCGGAGGACGGACGUGCGGAGGAGCAGGACGGGUGCUACCAGCUGUACCCUGGGCACAUCCCCACCAGCCCGCUGCAGAAAGCGCUGCUGGCUGCUGGCUCAGCGGCGAUGGCUCUCUAUGACCCCUACAGACACGACAUGGUGGCGGUCCUUGGGGAGACAACGGGCUGCCUUGUCCUACCCAACCUGCGAGACAAGAUGAAACACGAUCCUGAAGGUUACCGCAUCCUCCAGGAGCGGCCUCGCAUCCGUCUCUCCACCCUGGACGUGAACAGGCUGCAGGGGUUGCCGGAUGGCACGUUGGGCCGAGAAUACAUCCGCUUUUUGGAUGACAACAAGGUUUCUCCGGACACGCGGAUGCCAGCCAAGUUUGUUGAUGAUGAAGAGUUAGCAUAUGUGAUCCAGAGGUACCGGGAAGUCCACGACCUGAUGCAUACCCUCCUGGGCAUGCCAACCAACAUGCUAGGGGAGGUCGUGGUGAAGUGGUUCGAAGCCAUCCAGACGGGGCUGCCCAUGUGCAUCUUGGGCGCAGCCUUCGGCCCCGUUCGUCUUAACGCACGAAAGCUGCGGGUCCUGGCUACGGAGCUGAUUCCCUGGGCGAUUCGGAGCGGGCGCAACGCCAACUGUAUCCUCAACAUCUACUACGAGCGGCGCUGGGAACAGACAGUGGAAUCCCUGCGAGAGGAGAUUGGCAUCUUCCCUCCCCCGGCUGUUCGAGUGUGAGAGCUCAAGGACUGGGGAGGGGAUGGGGGAUCCCCAACUGGCGAACAACAACCGCUCCCCUGCAGCGUUUCAUCUGCUGCUGCUGCAGGAGCACAGCUUGGCUCCGCUACCAGCCACCAUGGGCCUGAUGGCUGAGUUUUCCACUGUCAAGAGCUGGCUCCCUCCUGUUGAUGGAGGCCAAGCUGCACCUCCCUGUGCCGUGGCAGAACUUGACCCCUUCUGCCAUUUAUAAUUCGGUGGAGAGAUGGCAAGUCCUGCUGUGCCUGUGCCAGCUGAGCUUGGCUGCUUGGGUCCCCCCUGGCAGCAGGGCUCUGAGACUAAUGCUCCAAAACACUGGGAUGGGGAGGGAAGGGAGCAGCGUUGGCAUAAAACAGACCAGAGCGAACUGCCCUUGGCCUUCUGCAGCUGUAAGGCUCUGUAGGUAGAUCUGUCCUCCCCUCCCUCCCUCCCUGGGAAGCUCAAGGCUUAAAGCUUUAGAGCAGCCCUGGACUGGAGCUAAACCAGUUGAUUUACAAAGCAGCCCAGGGGCAGGUUUGGUGCCUGCAACAGUGAGAGUCAAUCCUGCACUGGUGCCUACCUCUGGCCUCCUGCUGCUGGGUAACAUGGGACGUGUCUCACGCCUUGGAGACCACGCAGUGAGCAAUUGCAUGCCUUCGGGAGCAGUUCGGAGAUGCACUCGGGGAGCUCUUUCAGACGCAGUGAACUCAUGUCCUGACACAGAGCGAGGACGUGGGUGUUGCAGUACAGAGUGUGCCAUGGCUGAGUGGCUCUGCCUGACUUCCCUUUUCUCACUGAAAGCAGUCAGAGAAAUAUCUCUGGAUGUUACCUCUGCCGGGGCUGCUGCUCGAGAGAAGACCCCAGGCCGCCAUGCCCUCCUGCAGACCCUCCCCAGCACAAAAGCUGAAAUCUGCAUGAUUGCAGUUUUCAGUAGGGAUCGUCCCCCUUCUUUUGGCAGCAAAACAAUGUGAUUGGGAAUAAGGGGCUGAAUCUUUGGGGAGCAGAGACUGAGGCUGCUCGUGCCAUUCACGCUGAGCUGUGUCUGGAAGCUGAUUGCUGUCUCGCUUAAUUAAACGGGUCUCCAGACUGCCACUGGCUGGAUUGUAGAGCUGUCAAGUACUAGGACAGAGCCAUGAGGAGGUGGGUCUUUGUACACGGAGGUUUGCUGUGUUGAAAUUCCUUUUCAGUUAAUAAAAUUCAUGAUGGAGCUUGUG